GCACAUCUCACUGCUACACGUGUUUCAGUGAGCAGCUCCCGAUCAACACACCAGACAUGAGUUCCCAAGUCAGACAAAACUUCCACCAGGACUGUGAGGCAGCCAUUAACAGGCAGAUAAACCUGGAGAUGUAUGCCUCCUAUGUUUACCUCUCAAUGGCGUAUUACUUUGAUAGGGAUGAUAAAUCCCUGCCAAACUUUGCCACGUUCUUCCGCGCACAGUCCACAGAAGAGCGUGAGCACGCAGAGAAGCUGAUGAGUAUGCAGAACAAGAGGGGAGGCAGGAUCUUUCUGCAGGACGUCAAGAAACCGGAUAGAGAUGAGUGGGGGAGCGGCCUGGAGGCUUUGGAGUGCGCCCUGCAGCUGGAGAAAAGUGUAAACCAAUCUCUCCUGGACCUGCAGAAAAUGGCUACAGAACACGAGGAUCCUCAUAUGUGUGACUUCAUAGAAACCCAUUUCCUGGACGAGCAGGUGAAAUCCAUCAAACAGCUUGCCGACUGGAUCUCAAAUCUGCGGCGCAUGGGAGCCCCUCAGAACGGCAUGGCCGAGUACCUCUUUGACAAACACACCAUGGCUGAGGAAAGCAAUUAAACCCCAAUGCUACGCUACACUGAUCGUCCUGCUCCCCUCUGCAUGCCAACCUGCCCCCAAACCCUGAAAUGAACUACAUACUGUAUGUUUGGAAAAGCCAUAGAUCUCUGUGUAACCUGGACUGCUGCUUCCCUCACGCCCUGUUACAUUACAGAUUACAAACUAGUCCAGGAGUGUUUUGUAAGAAUA